AUGGCUCAUCAUCUACUACCCCCCUCAGUUAUCCUCAUCUUCACCUUGUUUACCAUCACCAUCCUUCCCUCCGAGGGCAAGGGACAAGGCCUAGGGAACGACUUACAUGUCGGGUUUUACUCUAGGAGCUGCCCCCAGGUUGAGGAUGUUGUCGCAGAAAUUAUAAACCGUCAUCAUGAGCAAGAUCCCAAGACGACUCCUGCCUUCAUCCGCCUGCUUUUCCAUGAUUGUUUUGUCAAGGGUUGUGAUGCCUCAAUUCUGUUAGAUGAAUCAGUAUCUGGUAGCAUUGUAGAGAAAGCGGACGGGACCAAUGGUAAAACACUGAGAGGUCUUGAGAUUAUUGAUGAAAUCAAAGCCGAGCUCGAGAACCAAUGCCCUCAAACCGUAUCCUGCGCUGACAUAAUAGCAUUUGCGUCUCGGGAAGCCGUUGCACUCUCCGGCCUACCGCGUCACGAUGUCCCCGCAGGCCGCCGUGACACUAGGACUUCACGUAAUAGUGAUAUUGAAGAGAACCUCCCGACACCUGAAAUGACUGUGCAAAAUAUUAUCAAAAUUUUUUCUGUAAGAAACUUCUCGGUAGAAGACAUGGUUGUCUUGUCUGGUGCACACUCUAUUGGUCAAUCACAUUGUGACCAAAUUCGUAAGAGAAUAUACACAUUUCGCCCAGGCCAGGGUAUUGCCAGAGACCCUUUCAUAGACCCAGCUUAUGCUGACGAGCUAGCCCAGAAGUGCCCAGCACUUCCCGCUCCGGAUGAAACGUUUUCUGUGGACUUUGAUCCCGUAACGCCAGAAGUACUCGACAAUCAAUAUUAUUUGAACCUGCAGAAUAGAAAAGGCUUGCUUGAAACGGAUCAGGUAUUGGCUUUUGAUCCCAAUACCGUAGAAAUUGUGAACCAAAUGGCUGCUGACCCUGAAGGUUGGACUAAAAGAUUUGUCAAGUUAAUGAUCAGGCUGGGAAGAUUAUCAGUUCUGACGAAAAAUGACGGAGAGAUCAGAAUAAACUGUCGUAAACCUAACCAACAGACGGAGCUCUAA